AUGGAGUGGGCCCUGAAAGCUGCUAUCAGGGAUGGUGGGUCAGAGCAGAGGGGUCCUGAUGGACCUGACUGCACUCAGGGAUGGGAAGACAAGGGCUCAGGGCCUGAGGCACUGGCCUUGUCCCAGGGGCUGCUGCUGUGGCUACUGCUCAGUGUGAGCGGGGUAUGGGCCUCCAGGGGGCCCCUGAGGCCACUGUGCCGGCCCAUCAACGCCACCCUAGCUGCGGAGAACGAGGCCUGCCCUGUCUGCAUCACCUUCACCACCAGCAUCUGUGCCGGCUACUGCCCAAGCAUGGUGCGGGUGCUGCCAGCUGCCCUGCCUCCUGUGCCCCAGCCCGUGUGCACCUACCGUGAACUUCGCUUCGCCUCCAUCCGGCUCCCUGGCUGCCCGCCUGGCGUGGACCCCAUGGUCUCCUUUCCUGUGGCCCUUAGCUGUCACUGUGGGCCCUGUCGCCUCAGCAGCUCUGACUGCGGGGGUCCCAGAGCCCAACCCUUGACCUGUGACUCCCCCACCUCCCAGGCCUCCUCUUCCUCUAAGGAUGGGUGA